GCGAGCUUGGAGCUUGGAGCACCAACCACUGGCAAUCAUCAGUUUGAGGAAUCGUCGAAAGCAGCUUGUUACGCAACCUCUUCCGGCCUCUCCUGCAUAGUCAGGAAUGCGGUGUCCAAAAUGGCGCCGCUGACCCCGUACACAUUCUUCCAAUGUCCUUGCUCAGAGCCUUCGACGCUGGGCCAGCCCGCAGAUAGGAGUUCUGGUGCCGGCGCAGGUGCCGAGCCCGACGCUGACGACGAAGAUCGCGCAUUCGACCCCCGCGCCCCGCGCUCCAACUAUAGCCUGUACCCUCUCGAGUAUCUGCUGUACUGCGAGGACUGCCAGCAGAUCCGCUGCCCUCGCUGUGUCGCCGAGGAAAUCGUGACCUUCUACUGCCCAUGCUGCCUGUUUGAGGUGCCCAGCAGCAAUCUCAAGAGCGAGGGAAACAGGUGCACGCGCAGUUGCUUUCAGUGCCCUGUGUGCAUUGGACCCCUCACGACUACGAGUCUCGAAUCCCACCCUGACCCGAGCCUGCUGGCCGCCCCAGACAACUCGGCCGUACCCCAUUCGGGUCCCUACAUGUUGACCUGCUCCUACUGCAACUGGAGCUCGACCGAGAUCGGUAUCAAGUUCGACAAGUCCAACGGCAUUCACGCGCAGCUGGCAAAGUUGCGCAAUGGCGGCACCACGAGACUAACGGCUAAGGAGCAUAAGGAGCGGCGGAAAGACUUGUUACAAGGUGGCGGGCCGUCAACAAGGACCGCCGAGGCUGCCGUCGACGGCCGGGACUUGGAUGUGGACACGCAGUUUGCAAAUCUCAAGGCCUUUUACCAAAACCAGCUGGCCGAUUCGAGCUCGGGCGGAAACGGGCUCUCCUCGUUGGGCGACUUGGGAUUCGCGUCGCCUAACUCGCUGUCGCGCAUCAUGAGCAUCUACACCGGCGGUAACCUGCACGACAAGAGGUCGAAGUCACGGAUUGGCGUGAUGAGGGAGGCCCUCGAUAGCGACGAGGGCCUCAAGAUCGCCAACCUGGACGAGUCCGAGGCCGUCGAGAAGCUGCAGGAGGAAGGCUACGACGCCACCGUCUCGACAGAGCAGAUGUCGAACCAGACGCCCAACUUGGGCGAAGCGCCUCUUCACGGCCGCGGCCGCUUCACGUCCGAGCUCCGGCCCGUACCCUACCUGCUGCGGACGAAACGCUCGAAGCGAUGUCCAAUCUGCCGACACAUCAUCAGCAAGCCCGAAGCAAAAGUCCAGGCAACACGGUUCCGCAUACGGCUGGUGGCCGGCAGCUACAUCCCCAGCAUCACGAUCCGACCUCUAAACACGCCCGAGGCGAACCCAGGAGCACCGUCGGACACGCUGCAGCCGCUCAAGCCGGUGCAAUUUCUGCUCACGUUUAAGAACCCCAUCUUCGAGGCAGUAAAGGUCACGCUGGCGACUCCGGCAAAGACUCCGGGCAGGUUCGCCAGUAAGGUGACGGUCCUUUGUCCGCAGUUUGAGAUUGACGCAAACACGGAUGUCUGGGACGAGGCGCUCAAGGACGGCGAUAAGGACAAGAGGCGGCGUAGAGGCGAGGAUGGCCCCCACCAGGCAGAGGCAGGUAAGAUCUGGGAAAGGGGUCGCAACUGGGUCAGUCUCGUCAUCGAGGUUGUCCCGGCCUCUCUGCGGUUGGACCUGCUAGCCUUGACGAGCCCCGCCGGAGGGCAUGAAGUGGAUACGGGGCCCCUCCGCGAAGACGAGGACCUGUUGGAGAUACCCAUGUUUGUGCGCGUCGAGUGGGAGGCCGACGCGGUCGGCGACGAGAUCGGCUCCGCUCCGAAUAAGGACAAGGAAGGCAGGGAGAAGCGCGAGCUGGCGUAUUGGUGUGUCCUCGGGCUCGGCCGAGUCAGUCAGUCAUAGCAGGUAUGAUCCGUCAUGUCUUCUGAGAGCGUGUUGAUGAGGAGGCAAUGCAGCUUCGUGUCGCAUUAUGGCAGCUGCAGGCUGUCUAUUUCGAGGCGGAAACACCCUACUCGGAAGCGAUUGUAUAAAGUUAUCCUGACGGUUUUAUUGUAAAUUAGUACAACACUUUUUCGCAUCAGCGUCUACGCUUGCUAGUCCAACACACCAUUUGCCGCUAUUUUGACGCAACGAACCGUGCCAAGAACGGCAAUAAUCGGCAAUAUUCCGUCUCUUACGAUGGAUGAAGGGCGUGCAUGUCAUUCUCUUCAAACGUCAAAGCUUCAUUGUUCGCAUGUGCUGUACUAUAAAAGCGAG